CAAAUAAUUAAGAGAAAAAGGAAAAUGUUUGCAGCUUUGUGGAGCCAAAAAAACCAAGAAAAAUCAUUAACAGAAAAAACUCCCUUAAUAGGUAAAGAACAACAACGCCACUCUAGUCGACGCUUCUUCCUUCCCACUCUUUGUUCAUCUCCUCAUUCCGUCUCUUUCGAAAUGGCCGACGCUGUUACUGCGGCACCUCUUCGCACUGUCUACCUCGGCGUCGAUGUUGGUACGGGCAGCGCUCGCGCAGGUUUAUUUGAUGAAAAUGGAAAACUUCUUGGUUUUGGAAGCUGUCCCAUUCAAAUUUGGAAGGAAGGUGAUUGUAUUGAGCAAUCUUCAACCGAUAUCUGGCUUGCUGUCUGUUCAGCUGUGAAAUCAGCAUGCUCCCUUGCUAAUGUUGAUGGAAAAGAAGUAGCGGGGAUUGGAUUUGCAGCAACUUGUUCCCUUGUGGCUGUAGAUGCUGAUGGAUCCCCAGUUACAGUUUCCUGGAGUGGUGAUUCCAGAAGAAAUGUUAUAGUGUGGAUGGACCAUAGAGCGGUAAAACAAGCUGAAAAGAUCAACACAUGCAACUCAUCUGUAUUGCAGUACUGUGGGGGAUCUAUUUCCCCUGAGAUGGAGCCACCAAAGCUUUUGUGGGUGAAAGAAAAUCUUAAAGAGUCCUGGUCGAUGGCAUUUCGGUGGAUGGACUUAAGUGAUUGGUUGUCCUAUAGGGCAACUGGCGAUGAUACACGGAGCUUAUGCACUACUGUUUGCAAGUGGAUGUAUCUUGGUCAUGCACACCUUGAGCAAAUAAAUGAGAAAACUUUUCGUGUUAUGGAAGCAUGUGGUUGGGAUGAUGAUUUUUGGGAGGAGAUUGGCUUAGGUGAUUUGAUCGAUGGACAUCAUGGCAAGAUCGGUCGAAGUGUAGCUUUUCCUGGACAUCCAUUAGGCUCUGGUCUAACACCAGCUGCUGCAAAGGAACUUGGUUUAGAGGCAGGCAUUCCAGUAGGAACAUCUUUGAUUGAUGCUCAUGCUGGUGGGGUUGGGGUCAUGGAAAGCAAACCAGCAUCUGAUUCUGAAUGUGAAGAUGAUGAAAAUGAAGGAAUUUGCCAUCGUAUGGUCUUGGUCUGUGGAACAUCUACUUGCCAUAUGGCCGUAUCUAGCAGCAAGAAGUUCAUUCCAGGCGUUUGGGGGCCAUUUUGGUCUGCAAUGGUUCCUCAAUAUUGGCUUACAGAGGGUGGCCAAAGUGCCACUGGGGCACUCUUAGAUCACAUAGUUGAGAACCAUGUAGCUUCUCCUAAUUUGGCAAAUCGUGCUGCAUCUCAGGGGACCACAGUGUUUGCACUUCUGAACAAGAUGUUAGAAUCAAUGACGACAGAGCUGAACCUUCCAUUUCUUUCUGCUCUGACGAAGGAUCUGCACGUUCUUCCUGAUUUUCAUGGGAAUAGAUCCCCUAUUGCAGAUCCAAAUGCAAAAGGAAUAAUCAGUGGUCUUACACUUGAGACAAGUGAAAAGCAACUUGCUCUUCUAUAUCUUGCCACUGUCCAAGGUAUUGCAUAUGGCACGCGCCACAUCAUUGAGCAAUGUAAUGCCAAUGGCCACAAAAUUGACACCCUUCUUGGUUGUGGUGGACUAGCAAAAAAUCCAUUGUACAUACAAGAGCAUGCAAAUAUUACUGGGUACCCAGUAAUUCUUCCUCGAGAAAAUGAAUCUGUACUAUUGGGAGCUGCUAUACUUGGUUCUGUUGCAGCGAAGAAAUAUCCUAGCCUUCACAAGGCAAUGAAGGCACUAAAUGCAGCAGGCCAGGUUGUUUAUCCAUCAAAACAUCCCAAGGUGAAGAAGUACCAUGAUGCAAAGUAUAAAAUUUUCCGUGAUCUUUAUGAAAAACAAGUCUCAUAUCGGUCCAUCAUCACUGAAGCUUUGAAUUAGAUCGAAAGGCAGCGUCUUUCAGCUAAGGCAAAGGUCCAUAAGAGUGUUCACAAAGUAUCACUUUUCUUCUUUCUUGCUCUCAUACACGCUGUAUGUUAUAGAAAAAUUGCUCAUUUGGAAUAUAAUUUUUUUUCUACCCCUAUUUUACUCUUGUUAAUUUUGUUAGUGCUUAGUAUGAAUGUAUUUUGCUGUAUAUCUCUGUAGUUCUUUCUUUGGUUACAAUUUAUUUUGAUUGUAUA